GGAGGCAGACAUCUUGAAUUGAAAGGGAGGGUAGUGUAUGAUCAAGUGAACGGGAGAGCGCAAAAGGGAUAAGGAAUACCGCUACGCUGAAUAGCCAGUGAAGGAAGAUAGGUGUCUGGGUUGACCAUGGCUAGUGAUGACUGAAGCAGUGCCACCAUGAUCGGAGGACUGUUCAUCUACAACCACAAGGGGGAGGUACUGAUCUCCCGGGUGUACCGCGAUGACAUAGGACGCAACGCGGUGGACGCGUUCCGCGUGAACGUGAUCCACGCCCGCCAGCAGGUGCGCUCGCCCGUCACCAACAUCGCCCGCACCAGCUUCUUCCACGUCAAGCGCUCCAACAUAUGGCUGGCGGCCGUCACCAAGCAGAACGUCAACGCCGCCAUGGUCUUCGAGUUCCUCUACAAGAUGUGCGACGUCAUGACGGCCUACUUCGGCAAGAUCAGCGAGGAGAACAUCAAGAACAACUUUGUGCUGAUCUACGAGCUGCUGGAUGAGAUCCUGGAUUUCGGAUACCCUCAGAACUCUGAGACGGGGGCCCUGAAGACCUUCAUCACCCAGCAGGGCAUCAAGAGCCAGCACCAGACUAAGGAGGAGCAGUCCCAGAUCACCAGCCAGGUGACAGGACAGAUCGGUUGGCGUCGCGAGGGCAUCAAGUACCGCCGCAAUGAGUUGUUCCUGGAUGUACUGGAGAGCGUCAACCUGCUGAUGUCUCCGCAAGGUCAGGUGCUGAGCGCCCAUGUCUCCGGCCGGGUCGUGAUGAAAAGCUACCUGAGCGGGAUGCCCGAGUGCAAGUUCGGCAUGAAUGACAAGAUUGUCAUUGACAAGCAGGGAAAGGGCGGAGCCGCUGAAGAUGCCGGGAAGAGUGAUUUGGGGGGAAGCAGCGGGAAGCAGUCCAUAGCGAUCGAUGACUGCACCUUUCACCAGUGUGUCCGUCUCAGCAAGUUCGACUCGGAGAGGAGCAUCAGUUUCAUCCCCCCGGACGGAGAGUACGAGCUCAUGAGGUACCGCACCACUAAGGACAUCAUCCUUCCCUUCCGGGUCAUUCCGCUGGUCAGGGAGGUCGGCCGCACCAAGCUGGAGGUCAAAGUGGUCAUCAAGUCCAACUUCAAACCCUCGCUGCUGGCACAGAAGAUUGAGGUGCGCAUCCCCACGCCUCUUAACACUAGCGGGGUGCAGGUGAUCUGCAUGAAGGGUAAAGCCAAGUACAAGGCCAGCGAGAACGCCAUUGUGUGGAAGAUUAAGCGGAUGGCUGGGAUGAAGGAGUCUCAGAUCAGUGCCGAGAUUGAGCUGCUUCCCACCAACGACAAGAAGAAGUGGGCUCGCCCCCCCAUCUCUAUGAACUUCGAGGUGCCCUUCGCUCCCUCGGGUCUCAAGGUGCGCUACCUGAAGGUCUUUGAGCCGAAGCUGAACUACAGUGACCAUGAUGUCAUCAAAUGGGUGCGCUACAUCGGGCGGAGCGGCAUCUACGAGACGCGGUGUUAACAGACCCCCGAAUCUUGCGUCCUCUCUUUUUGCUCCACCCACCCCUUUCCCAUUACUUUCCCCAUUACCCCUCCAUCCAUUUCUCCCCCUUUCUUUCCCUCCCUCUUUCCUUCUCUCCUCAAGGGCCAGGAGACAGUCUAAAAAUGGGAAAACAAACACAAAAAUAAUUAAAAUGCAAAAAAAAAGUUAAAUAUCUAAAUUGGUCCUGUGGAGGAAGAGUGGAAGUGAAGAGUGUAACGCCUGAUGUACCAUCUGAAAAACUCACUCCUUGCAGAGUGUUCACUGGACAGACCUCCCUCGGGCACACCUCAGUUUUGUGGUCCUGUGUUCAUUUUUAACUUGCUUUUUUUUUUUUUUGGCCAGUCAGUAUUAACUCCUCCUGCACUUCAUCACUCUCUCUCAGUCUUACAUUACGGCACCCUAUCUCCUCCAUAAGGCUUCCCUACUCUCGCCUCUCUUACACUAUAGCUCCGCCCUUUUCCUCACUGUGCAAUUGUAUUGGCUUGUAUAGAUUAGGCAGCAGCCCGGUAUGCAAAUUCUGCUUUUUCAUUGGUUUUCCCCUCCUUCACCUCUCAUGUGUCAGUAAGGGGCUGCAGUGGGAUAAUUCCCCCUCCAUAUCUACGCGUUCCCCUGUACUGACCCUCAUCCUUCUCUCUCAUCUCCGUUCCUUUCCCUCCCGCCCUGACCCGCUCCUUAUCAUUGGUAUUGCGUUUUCGAUGGCAAAGCUGACGGUUUUCUUAGGCCGUUUUAUUUUUUUAACCCCCCCCCUCCGUGUCAGGGCUUCAGCUUUCAAUCUUGUGACCAAAUAGCUUGAAAUGUAAAGGACAGGUAAAUGCAGUGAUGAAGAGAAGUCUCUGUGAGAGCGGGGUGUCAGUGAGAGUGGCACGGGGGCAGUGUGUGCCCUCUGUGGCCUGGGGGUGUGGAGAGUGGGCGGCGGGGCGGGUUAAAAGGGUGGCAACAGGACGAUACGAGGCCCACUUCGGAAGAGCCGUGCCCUAUUCUGAAGCAGUUGGCACAUAACCUCGCAAGCACAUUUGACCUUUAACCCAGACAGAGGUUCUUCCAUGUUGCUGCUGUAUGUGUGUAAAUACAGCCCAGGUGUCUGGUUCAGAUUGGCGCACCUUUGUUUCAAAAACAAACAUUCCCUGAUGUGUAGGUGUGCCUGGCCAGCGUGCCCCCCCCCCCCCAUCUCUCCACGUCCAAUCAUGGCUCAGAGGCGCACAGAGGAGCAGGUCCUGGGUCAGGCUCACUUGCGGUUGUGAUCGCAUGGUUCAUUCAUCUCAAACACUAAAGUCCGUCCUGUGUGGUAUUCCCCCCCGCCGCCACUCCCUGCCCCGCCGUGGCAGAACGCACUGCCUGGCGCUCGGGUGGCGAGGUCCCUCGCUGGAGACUUGCUUCCUAGAGUUUGGCUGCCUUGGCUUCAGUGUUCGAUCUCAAUAUGGCAACUCUGUGUUUGUCCAGUUACUACUAAUAAAAAUCACAUUACA